AUGGGGGACUCGGGAUCCAGACGAUCGACUCUAGUAUCUCGGUUGCCAAUAUUCAGGAGAAGUAUUGGCCGGAGACAUGACUCCCUUCCUUCCUCACCUUCUUCUGCUAAUGCCAUUGGUGUCCACACCUCCUCCCCAUCCAGCACCAACUCCAGCUCAGGGAGCACAGGCAAGCGCCGGAGUAUUUUCCGGACUCCUUCCAUUAGCUUCCACAACAAGAAAGGGAGUGAGCAGAAGCCUGACUCAGCUAGUCAAAAUGUUAACAUCUCAAAUGGUGCCCAGUCCUCUUUCAGCACUUUUCAAAAACUGAGCUUAGAGGAACACAUUAAAAGCAGAGGAAGGCAUUCAGUUGGCUUUGGCAGCUCACGUAGCAAGAAGAUAACAAGGUCUUUGACAGAUGAUUUUGAAAAGGGAAAGGAGCCCUCAGCUAAUAAGAAUGUCUUUAUAAAUUGCAUAAGCUCUGGGAAUAAUGAGGGUGAUGAUUCAGGCUUUGCAGAGGAGCAGAGCCGAUAUUCUGUCAAACAAUCCACACGAAAACUUCUCCCUAAAUCUUUCUCAUCGCACUACAAAUUUUCCAAACCAGUUCCGGAGAGUCAGUCAGUCUCUUCUGUGCAGCAGUCCAGGUGCUUGCUGGAGGUUAAAUCGUGUGUGGAAAGUGAACCUGUGAUUGCCAAGUCCUCUCCUCCAUGUUCGGCGGAGACGACAGAGUGCAUGGGAAGCUCCUUGCAGUCCCCGCUGCUCUCGGCUGACCUCACAGCUGCCCAGACCCCCUCUGACUUUGUCGCCUUGACGGAGGAUUCUGUUUCAGAAGUUGAUGCUCUGCCAAGCAGCGGGCCUGGGGUGCUGCUUGCAGAGGAUUUUGGCCACAAUGUCUCUACCUCUCAGAUCUUCUUUAAUCCGGCUGCUGCUUCUGCGAGGGAAACUGAUUUUGUGGAAGGUACUGGCCGUUCUGCUGGUGUAUCUCCUGCGAGUCACGCAAGCUCGUGUAGAGUUGAAUCUAAUACCUUAUUCAAAACCUCAGCUGCUAAUCAAACAAAAAUAUUGUUGCAAGCCAAUGAACUACAUGUUAACAAUGCCAGGCACAUAGGAGAAAUGAACUCUGCAAAUGCACGUUUAGAAACCUUGGCGUUUCAACGUAGAGAAGAACCGGUGAGACUCUCUCCAAACGCACACAAGUUGAGUGGGGACAGAGAUGAAAGCACGCCGUCCAAGCACACAAGAGAGACAAUUCCUGCAAUGGAGUCUAAGAUUGUUCCAUGUUCUGAACCUCAGUCUUUUAAGACACAACAGGGUUAUGAAACAAACUGUUCUAAAGUUGAUCUUGCUAAUAGCUUCAGUCCGUACCGAGAAGACAGAUUUGUUGAGAAACGGCUGAGAUCGUCUUCAGAAGGUACUGCUGGAGGCAGUCGGCUGAUCAUAAAACCAAAGGAUGGAAAUACAGAAGAACUUAACAGCCUACGGAAGCAGAGAGCAAGCUCGUCCUCUUCAAAAAUGAACAGCAUGGUGCAGGAUCUUGCACUUGCCUUGUUGAACCCUCACAAGGUUCACAUGGGUCCAUUCCUCGAGCUUGUCCAGGUCCCUCUGGGUGGCAUCUCAUCCCUCAGACGUGUCAACUGGAAACUUGCUGAGGAUGUGCUUGAUCCCACUGUCUGUGUCAUCGACGAACAUAUUGAACAGAACUGGUCCAAAUACGGACCCCUGAGAGACACCACUGUUAUCACGUCUUUUAUCCUGGGAGAUGUCCUUAGCACUGGCAGUAUUUUUGCAGCCACAAUAUAUCUUCUCAGUGUGAUAGCUGCGGGGACUGCUGCCAUCUUGCAGGUCCUGUCUGACCUGUCCUUCCUCCUAAGAGAUGUGGACAGCGAAGAACAAUUGAGGAG